AAAGGAGCGUCGCUUUUACUCUCUCUCUCUCUCCCAUCCUCACCUCUCAUCUUAUAUAUAAACAACCUCUCUCCCCCUUCCUCCUUCUUCCUUCAAUUAUCACACCCACUCUCAAUCUCUUAUCUACCGAUAUGGCCAAGAUGGGCUUGAAAUCCGACCCUGCUACUACUACUAACCAGACCCAUAUUAAUAAUGCCAAGGAGAUUCGUUACAGAGGCGUUAGGAAGCGCCCUUGGGGCCGUUACGCCGCCGAGAUCCGUGAUCCCGGCAAGAAAACCCGCGUCUGGCUUGGUACUUUCGAUACCGCCGAGGAAGCGGCGCGUGCUUACGAUUCCGCGGCGCGUGAUUUUCGUGGAGCUAAGGCUAAGACCAAUUUCCCCACUUUCCUCGAGCUCAGUGAUCAGAAGGUGCCUGCCGGUUUCGCUCGCAGUCCUAGCCAGAGCAGCACGCUCGACUGCGCUUCUCCUCCCACGGCGGUUGUACCGUCUACCACUGCUGGAAAUGUUCCGCCGCAGCUCGAGCUUAGCCUAGGCGGCGGCGGCGGCGCGUGUUAUCAGAUCCCGAUGGCGCGUCCUGUUUACUUUUUGGACCUGAUGGGAAUCGGAAACGGAGGUCGUGGUCAGUCUACUCCGGUGUUUAGGCCGUCGGCGGUGCAUGCUGCGACUAAGGUUGCCUGUGGAGGAGCCCAAAGCGACUCUGACUCGUCCUCGGUCGUCGAUUUCGAAGGAGGGUUGGAGAAGAGGUCACAGCCGUUAGAUCUAGAUCUAAACUUGCCUCCUCCGUCAGAACAAGCCUGAGCGUUUUAGCGGUGUCGUUUCAAUUCGAAGCGCAUGCGUUAUCUUUUUUUUUUUUUGAGCUGAGAGAAAUCGUUUUCUCCUAGUUUUUUUUCUCUCUCAGAUGAAAUUAUUAAUCAGUUUUUAGAAAGGAAGAAAAAAAAAAUAUAUCUGAGAGAGAGAGAAGAAUUGUAAUUUUAGCUGACAUGGUUCGUUAUGUACAUAUUAUUACAUAACCGGGGGAGAUCUGAACUUUUGUUGUGUGUUUUUAAUUUUUUUUGCGACUUGGUUUCAACCCAUGUUGUUCCUCCUAUGUUUUUUUUUUUUAAUUUUUGUUCUUCUUCCAAAUUUUCAAUCAAUAAUUUGGUAAUCUUCAGAAUGGUGU